CUUCAGAAGGACCCAAACAGCAUGUACCCGGAACUUGUUGCGAGUAUGAAGUAAACAAUCAAUUCAGCGUUUAAGAUAUUCAAUUUCGAGGUCUUCCAGAUUCCUCAAGGUGGAAAAGAUGAACAACAUGUCUCCAGAGGUUGCACUGCACAGGAUCUCACCUGAGUUGCGGCCCUUGCUGUGCAGCGUGGUGCGGAAUGGCCGUGUGGGACUGGACUCUACAAACUGCCUUCGUGUCACAGAUCUAAAAACUGGAUGUACGUCUCUGACCCUGGGCCCAUGCUGUGAUCGCUUUAAACUUCACAUCCCCUACGCUGGAGAAACCCUCAAAUGGGAUAUAAUAUUUAAUGCCCGCUAUCCAGAAUUGCCUCCAGAUUUCAUUUUUGGAGAAGAUGCUGAGUUUCUGCCUGAACCUACAGAAUUACCUCAUUUGGUCCGAUGGGAUGCUGGCAACCCAGACUGUUUGCUCCAGCUUGUCAAGGAACUUAUCCAGCAAUACCACCACUACCAGUGCCAGCGCCUCAGGGAAAGCUCCAGGCUUCUAUUUGAGUAUGACAGCCUGCUCGAGGAUCCUAACUAUGGGCGCAAUAUGGAGAUUUAUGCCGGACACAAGAACAGCUGGACAGGAGAGUUUUCAGCUCGCUUUCUACUCAAACUCCCCGUGGACUUCGGCGACAUCCCAGUCUAUCUACUCAAGGACACAGCUCUGGACCCUGGAGAGGAUGUGGCCCUUCUAUCAGUGAGCUUUGAGGAUGCAGAAGCUACACAAGUCUUCCCAAAACUUUACCUUUCCCCAAGUAUCGAACAUGCUCUUGGCGGCUCCUCUGCACUUCAUAUUCCAGCAUUCCCAAGUGGAGGAUGCUUGAUUGACUAUGUCCCACAAGUGUGCCAGUUGCUCACCAACAAGGUGCAGUAUGUCAUCCAAGGCUACCACAAGAGGCGGGAGUACAUUGCUGCAUUCCUUAGCCACUUUGGAAUGGGAGUGGUGGAGUAUGAUGCUGAGGGAUUUACAAAGCUUACCCUUCUACUCAUGUGGAAAGAUUUUUGCUUCCUAGUACACGUGGAUCUCCCGCUGUACUUUCCCAGAGACCAGCCCACCCUCACGUUUCAGUCCGUGUACCACUUCACCAGCAGCGGGCAGCUUUAUUCUCAGGUGCAAAAGGCGUAUCCUUACAGCCCACGCUGGGACGGCAAUGAGAUGGCCAAGAGGGCAAAGGCUUACUUCAAGACCUUCAUCCCUCAGUUCCAAGAAGGAGCCUUUGCCAAUGGGAAACUGUAGUGCCCUGCGGCUCCAGGACAUGCCUGUGGUUAUUAUGGAUGUGUUGGUACAUGCCAUUGCGUACCUGUGAAUGGGUACACACAGGCCAACAUGAUCCCUCAAGAAUUUACGAAGGAAUCGUAGAGAAUGCUAAACAGUAGAGUACAUUUGAACGGGACUAUUUUCCGACAAGUUUCACUGCAUGGGUAAACUCUCACAGUGAAUCAGUCCAUAAAAAUGGUGAUGAAUCCAUAUUCAUCAAACAUCACACACUGUACUAAAGCAACCCUUGAGCCUAGACUAACUACUGCUAAGCUAUAACCAGUACUUCCUGAGAGUAAGGGCAUUUGAUUUGAUUUACUAUAUUUUGUCUUAAUUUCAGUGGUAAGCGGCAUAUUACAUUCCUCACAUCCAUCAAUAAAACACAUAUUAAAAAACUCAAU